GAAGAAUAUCAAGGUCGAGCAGAAACAAUUGUGAGCGAGGCUGUGGUGCUCCAGGUGAAAAGUGUAAAUAUUCUUGGCGACGGCAGCCUUGUUCCAACGUCAGCUGUCCCACAGCCCCACUCCAGCUUCUGAGCCGCAAAGCUUCACGCACCAGCUGCCACAGCCGUUCACCACCUGUCAGACGGUCCGAAGCCAAGCUUGCUUGCCCAACCUCCCAAAACUUUCGGCCGGACAUAUCCCGGCAGGUCCUCACCACGCGCGACACCCCGACGACGGCGGCAACGAUUGAGUUCGGUCAAUUCGGCUGCCCCAGCCUCCAACCCCAUUUCUCAGCCCCUCUGUAACCGCCAAAAUGGUCAGAAUAACCGUAUCAUCCCUCCUCAGGACGGCGCUCCGGCCAACCGCCUCUGUUCCUAGGUGCACCGCCAGAUCCUUCUCCUCCCUCCCAACCCUCCGCCCAACCCUUGCACCCACACCCUCCGCUUUUCGCGCCCCAUCUCAGACCCUUCUGUCCCGGGGACCUAUCCUCCAGCAACAAUCACCUAGCAGUGGGGCCGAAGGAGUCCUCGAUUUGAUCUCUUCCACCUCCAUCUCCUCCAACCCGGCGAUGCAGUCGAUGCAAGUCCGUUGCGGACCCCGCCCAACAAUGGCCAACGCCAGUCGCCUGAUCCAGAAAAGGAGACACGGGUUCUUGAGCAGGAUCAAGACCAAGAACGGGAGGAAGACAAUUGCGAGGAGAAGGGCAGCAGGCAGAAGGAGGUUGAGUGCUUAAGCUGGGGUGUCGGCAGAAUGGGGGAGAAGGAGGCAAAAGGGGAAGAUACCCACAUGGAGGGCACACGAGAGAUGUGUAUGAGUACGGCAUGGAAAGUGAAGAGCGGGGAGGAUUGUAUCAUAUGAGGCAAUGGAAGAGAUAAAUAAAAGGCA